GUGUGCUGCGAGUACACAUACAACGCGACCAUCAUCAUCAUCAGCGUCGUCGAUUGUUUCAAACAAUUGCAAUCCAUCGGAUCUCGGAUCGGAUUCUCUAUUGCACUCCAUUUCGGCACUCCGGGCACUCGGCAGACUUUUUUUCUCGGACGUCGCGGCGCUGCGCUGCGUCUAUCCGGUUUAUUUUUUUUUUUUGAUUCGCUCGUUUUUUCGAUGUUGUUGGCUGUGAUUUUUUAAUUGGAGAUUUUUGUUUUUCCGGUGCGAUUUUUGUGGCAAACCGGGAAUGAUAUUUUGUUGUUGUUUUAUUGGGAGCGUUACUGGAUGUUAAUGUUUCAUCGCUACCCCCUCCACCUUCGCAACUCAAAGUAUUCAAGACGUGACUGCGCAAACGUAAAUGUACCAAAUAUACAUUCUUCGAUCAAUUAAGUAAAGGGCCCAGUGGCGCGCGUACCGCUGCUGCGCUUAACAUAGACGACAUCAUAGAAAUCGGGACCAACGGCACAAUCAUUGGCGUAGAGAUUGCCCCGUCGCUUUGCCCAAUGGGGGCCGAGACCACCCCCUCGGAGCAACAGUACUCGUUGCGAUGGAACGAUUUUCAUUCCUCAAUCCUCUCGUCGUUUCGACAUCUCAGGGACGAGGAGGAUUUUGUAGAUGUAACCCUCGCCUGCGACGGUUGUUCCUUCACGGCACACAAGGUGGUGCUAUCAGCAUGCAGUCCCUAUUUCAGGAGGUUACUAAAAGCAAAUCCCUGUCAACAUCCCAUAGUAAUAUUAAGGGAUGUUCAACACAAAGAUAUGGAAAGUCUGUUAAGGUUUAUGUAUAAUGGAGAAGUUCAUGUAGGCCAAGAACACCUUACAGAUUUUCUAAAGACUGCGCAAAUGCUCCAAGUAAGGGGGUUGGCUGACGUUCCAGCCGGUGCUGGCCAAAGACUGACCACCACAGCCACUCCAACGCCGACAAAUCCCUUAGCUACCUCAGAACAAAAAAUUUCACCGAAUUCUUCCUCGUUGCCUUGGGCCACCGACCGUCCAGAGCCCCGUUUAAGGGAAACCGGCGACUCACCACCCCCGGCCAAAAGGGCGCGGAGCAGCGACAGAUUAGAUAGUUUUACAGAAAGACUUACCCCUUCAUCCAGGACUAAUAAUAACCCGGCUGAUAUAUCUGCUGACUCGUUAUUAGGGCAGGCACUGGAAGGGGGAACUAACUUAUCCAUCAAAGAGAAAUCAAGCAAUAACUCAGAAUCACCAAACCAUUUGCAAUCAACGUGCGAGGAUAGCAACAGCAGCGACCUGAGCGACAAUGGUGAAAAUGGACCCGUUACCCCAAAGACUGAACCAUCUGAUUACCCAAACAUAAUGGACGAUCACAAUAAUCCUUUUCACACGAACGGAGGAGUCAUGGAUCAAAACAGGCCUCCAUCGUUUCCAGGUGCCUUGCUAGGACUACAAGAUUAUGCACUUGCAGGACUGAGCGGACUGCCAGGAUUACCGGGACCCUCAGGAGUUCCCGGAAGUAUGAAUGAUUUUGGUGCUCGACGUUCCUUAGACAUGAUGCGAGUUCGAGCAACAGACCCCCGUCCAUGUCCGAAAUGCGGCAAAAUCUACAGGUCGGCUCACACGUUACGGACACAUUUGGAGGAUAAACACACCGUCUGUCCGGGAUAUCGAUGCGUCCUGUGCGGGACAGUAGCUAAAUCUAGGAACUCCUUACACUCGCAUAUGUCUAGGCAACAUAGAGGAAUCAGUACGAAAGAUCUACCUGUGUUACCUAUGCCGGCACCGUUUGAUCCUGAAUUAGCUAGCAGGUUACUAGCAAAAGCAGGAGUAAAAAUCAGUCCAGCAGAACUAAGAGCGAGAGCAUCACCAACCGGUCCACGACGGUCCGAUGUCAAAUUGGACGCAAAGAGCGCAUUCUCAGGAGCACCAUCCGAAGCCGGUAGUUCGAUAUGCGGAGAUAACGAUCCAGAAGACUUGACCGUAACGCAGUCCAGGUACGGUGGCAUGGACCUUUACAAUGCGAUGUCACCACCAUUAAAUAGUCAUAAUAAUUUUAAGAAUAAUAGGUUUAACUCAUUAAGUCCAGCAGUGGCAGCAAAAAGUAUCGACUCGUUACAACAUCUGUCCAAAGAACCUUAUCCAGCUCCAUUAGCUCCUCCAGUUUCCACAACGGGAAACACUACUGGAUCGGCCAUUCUAGAUACAUAUUUGCAAUUUAUUACCGAGAAUACUCAGAUGAUGGGUAUGAUCAAUCCAGAAACUGCCGCAGCGAUGCACGCUGCUAAGUUGGCACAACUUAAUGCCAUGGGCAUGGACAAAGGAAUGCAACAGCAUUUUCUAGAAAAGAUGCAUCAACAAAUGCAGAGCGCCAAUGAUCUAAUGAUCAAAAGGGGCGACGAGAAUGACAGGGGCAUGAUGAACGAGAGAAGUAAUAUGGGACAUGAAGAAGGUGAUAGUUCAGGUGGUGAAGAGGAGGAUUAUAGUGACGAGGAGGUCGAGCCUGAAGGUGUAAAAGCCGGCGAAUAGUUUUCGUUUUGUUUUAAAAAACAAUUUUAUAAAGGUGAUAUGAUUUGUUAGAUCAAAAAGUGUUCUUGCUGCCGCUGAACUUGCCAUGUAGAUUUAGAAAGGAAAACCACACCUGUGUAUAAAUUCACCUUGACUACCUCAGUUUGUUUUACGUUCUGGUUUUAGUAAAUACAGUUAAAAAGUAAUUAUUCCGAUCCAUCUACCUCAGUAGAAAUUACACAAAUGUAAGUAGUAAAAUAAUAAAUUAGUGAUCGCACUAUACGCCAAGAUAAUAAGGGUUAAUGAUGUAUACGGUAAAUAUUAUAUUAUUGCUAUAUUACGUUUAUACCUCUACAGUGCAUUAUAUUGUGCGGGUAAUAUUGGUGUUUUUAGAUGCCUCUCUUAUUAUUGGUAGAUUCAUAUUUAGAGUGAGAUUUUUAUUAUAUAUAUAUAUAUGUAUAUUGUAUACUUCCUUCGAGUAAAAGUUAGAAAAAUCUUAAAAGAAUAUUCUUUUAAGGAUUUUUUAAAAUAAUGUCCUCUAAUGGCAAUAAAUUUUAGAACAAUCUUGUAGCGUACUGAUAUACUGUUGUAUACUCGUCAUAGUAAACUAGGAAAUAUGUGUUUCUUAACUGCCGUAAAAUACAAAAUCCAGCAAAAUCCGGGUGAAAAUGGUACAAAAAUCAGUUUUGCCUUCAAAAUAAAUAUAAAUUCAUAUUUUUAUAAACGAUUUUCCAUAAUUUAAAAAAAUGGCAAAUCUUCCUUGUAAAUGUUAGCUUCCAAAUGAAUUUUCAAAUAUGCUAAAAAAAUAAUAUGCUUCCAUAAAAAGCAAUUCUUAGAUAUUACAAUCAGUAAGUUGUUAGGUAAGUUAAAAAGGUAAUUGGCUUUGACUCAGGAUUAAUUAAAAGUAUAUCAUGAAUAUAUCUCCAAAGUACAAAAUAAUCGGUUAAUAUCAAAAAUCAUUGUUGUGUUGUUCAUGUUAUGUCUUAUUGUUAUUUUUAAUUAACUGCUAUUUGUUUCUCUUAAUACAAUUAUAAUUAAUGCAAAUUCAAAUUGUUAAUUAUUUUUUGUUUUGUUGAAACUGCUACAAGAUGCACAAGAGCGUAGUGUCCCAUUUUGAUUUCUGGUUUUUAUAAAUUUAUGGCAGAUUAUGUAAAAGAUCUGUAGUUUUUUUCUCAAGUAACCUUUGUUAAAAUACUUUAAAAUUUUGUUUUAAUGAUUUUUUUUUAAAGAAAAUUAAUGAUGUACUAGUAGAGUUAUGUAUAAAAUCACUGCGAUGAAAAAAUAGUUCUAAUGGUUAGUUGCGUCGACGUUUCUGGAAUAUUCCUAUUUGUGAAUAUUCCUCUAAUUAGAAAAAGUAAUCUGAGAUCAAAAAAAUUCUUGAGGGCUUGUGAAUAUUCCUGGUUUUUCGUAUUUACACAUUGGCAAUAUAGCGCUUAGUACACUCAUGCGUUCUAAGCCUACGAUAUACUAUAUCGUAGUUCAAAGCUCAUUGAAUGAUUUCUCAUUUUGGCACGUAAUCAAUUAAAUAUUCGAGUAACACUCUAUGGAGCCAUCAAUGAAGCUAAAGAAGUCCAUUUUUUCAUUAAAAAAUAUCAAACCUUUUUUUACUUUUUUUAUGAUAGCAGCAAAAUCUCUAAUCUAACUCUUGAUAAUUUUACUAGCAAUAACGUCUGCAGUAUUAAUAUCGCCUUUAUCAAUUACUUUGCCUCUAGAUGGCAAAGAAGAACUUUGUGUGCUACAAAAUAUGUAUCUCUAUAAAUAGGACUUUAGCCAAUUCCAGUCUAAUAUUUAGCCAAUCAUUUUCACGUUUAAAUUUUCAUAGAACCCUCACAGUUCUUUGUUCCUAAGUUUUCAAGUUUUCUCAUUAUGAAAAUAUCCGAGUUUCUAAGUUUUUUCAAGAUUAUUUUUUUCUCUUUCUUUAUGUCAUAUAUGUCAGGGGUCACGUAUAAGGGGCCCAUCCAUAAGUUCCGUAAGACCUUUUUUAACCAUUUAGGACCCCUUCUUUCCCUCUGUGUAAGAUUUUAUAAGAUGUUUUUUGUUGUCAACGUAUGACAAACAUUUUUGUUUUUUUCCUUGCUGUUCAUGUAAUGUGAUAGAGAUCAAUUUCGUUAUUCUAAUAAAUGUAGGAAAAUUAUCAAUACAUUUCUUGACACAACCCGUAGAGAAAACUGUGUAGAUUUAAAAUUAUAAUAGUAAUAUUUGCACUAAGGUUCAUGCUAAUCACAGUUUAGAUGUCUUUUGAUUCUUAUAUAAUUCGAUUUGUAUCCUAUACAUGUUAGUGAAAAGUAUAAAGGGUUCAUCAAUGACAAUCAAACAUCUUUGGUUCAAACGUCAUUUUACAAUGGACGGAAUAAUCGGUACUGACUCUUUCUGCCUUUUCACAUUCUUCAACAGGUUCCACAUCUAUAUCUUAAUCGUCAAGCCACUCUGUAUAGUCAGAUGAAUGAGGUUAAAGGAUAAGAGAUUUCUACCAUGUUAACCCUGCAAUAUUGUCAAAGGUUAAUUUUUUUAUGUUCCGCACAUUCAUUACCAUACAUUUUUAACAGAAAAGAUUUUUCUUUGAUGCAAAAUGAACGCCGCAUUUAUCGGAUGUACGUUCUUUGAUGCUGCAUCGAAUACUUAAGUAGUAAAGAUCAUAAUGUGUUAAUUUAUUAUAACAAACGUUUUUGCGUUUCUGAAUAUCUUAAAGUGAACAAAAUUCUGAUUGUACGAUGUGUUUUGGAGGUGAUGUGAUUAAAGCUAGAGUUUGUAGUAUUGGGACAACUGGCGAUAGACAACUGUUAGAUAAAAUCAUGCGUGAAUCAUAACUGUGGUAUUAUAUUUACAUAUUCACUGGUAUUCCUGCACGUGGAUAAAAUACUAUUCCGGAGUUCAUGUUAGAAGUUCGUUGUUGUUAUCAGUAUCAUGUGGAUCAGGCAACUUCAUUAUCAUCUAAAGUAAGAGCAUUUCAAAUAUCAGCAAGAGUAUUUUCUGCUUGGGCGAAAUUCGGCAACUCGUGUUCUUCGUCAAUAGUUUUCUGACUAUCAGCGAGAUGAUUUUCGAAAGAAUCAUGUGAAAAAACCAGCCUGUCAGCUGGUGACUUAGUGCGGCCAUGCGUCGUUCAACUCCGUUGAAACAGCUACUAUCAGGAGCAUUUGUAGCGAUCAUGAUGCGUCAAGGUUAUAGGAUUUGAAAUGAGAAAUAGCUUACUCGAUGACUUAAGGGAGUCGUGGGUUUUCAUCUAGCCCUUCAUUGACGGUCAUGAUCACAAUAAGUUUAACGAAGCCUUAUGGAGUUUUCGCUAGGUGUUAAAAUUCUGGAAGCUUAAGUAAUCUUUAAAAGUUAUUACCAGAAGAACUUGCAGAAAAAGACGAAUGUAUUACGUAUCAAGUUAAAUCACCCCUUCGGGAUCGCAUAUUUUUCUAUCUGUAGUUGGAAUACCUGCGUAUACAGCGGGAAUCAAUUUGUGUCUUUCAGCCAUGACCCAAUCAUGGUCAGGCAUUUGCGCUAGGUAAUCUUCUAAGUGCAUGAUAAAAUAUGCUUUGUUUGUUAUUCGUGAUUUAUCAUCUGAUAAAACAUCAAACGCUUGAGCCUAAAAUUUAUUAUAAAGCUUAACUAAUGCCGCGACUUGGCUCAAUUUACAGUACCAUGCUAUCAGUUGUUUAUCAGCUAUUUCUCACUUACUCUCAAUAUCCAUUUAUUAAACCCUUUUAAAUCACUUUUCUUACUAUUCCAAAAUUGAUUUGUCUCGAUCUGACAAAUUUGGCAAUACUUUUAAGGAUAACCUUUCACCCAAGAAUUGUAAAGAGGCUGAUGUAAGUUUCCUGACAUUUUAACAUUUUUGAUUUUUUUGAAAUCUCGAUAAAAUUCUUUAGAACUUACAACAUGGCACUUUGAUUCAACCUCCAGACAUCGCGCAAAUGACCAAUGAUGCACAACAUGUACUCUGUUUAAUCGGUAGUAGACAACACUAUUAUCGAUAUUAUGCACUUAUAUAGUAUAUAUAGUAUUAAUGGAUACUAUAAUAUGAGUAUUGUUGUUUAUAUUAAAGGACUAAUCACUGUAUCUAAAUGUAACGUUUUUUGUGCUUAAUUAUUCUCUCAUGAAUAUUGGACUUUACUAACCAUAUAGACUUCCUGUACCUAGUAUAAAUUCUACUCAAAUAAUCAGAUUGAAAAUUUUAUUGAAAUAAUUGUUUUUUACGUAAGCUUCUUAAUCACCUCUCCCCCUUUCCCUGCGUAAGAUUUUGUAGGAUGAAGUAAAACCUUCUUUCUCCCUAAACAUCUUACGACAUUUAUGGAUGGUUCCUAACAUUUAAGUACUAAAAACCAAUAAUAAAUAUUAUCUUGCAUUAAUAGGAUAAUCAUUAACUAUGUUUGAAGUCUCUGCAACAGCAAUAACAAUUAGACCAAUUAAGUCGGUAUUUAUCAAAUAAUAAAAUCUACUAGAAAUACUUGCAGCUUUAAAAAGGAAAAUCUUCGUAAAUUAUUAAACUAAUAACUAUGCAUAGACCUUUCCAGAUUGUUUUUGACUUAAUCUUAUUGUUUUGUUUUAUGGCCUUUCCGUAGUUAUUUUUGGAUUAAAAUUUGUUUUUAUCUACGUGAUUAGCCAUAAAUUUAUGGGACACCACUGUACUUAUACUUGCUUCCAGCAAUAUUCUAUUUUACGGUUUAUUCGUCAAAGGAGCGUUCAAAGGCUCCGCCAGCGGCAACUUUGAUGAUAAAAAAAGCCGCAAAACAAAAUACACUAGUUUAUACGAACAAUGUGCUUCGACGAAAAAUCGUUUUUUAGUCUAACUUCUAAUCCGAAAAUGACUUUUUUUUUUCAGAGAAACGUUUUUGAAAUUUUUGUUUAUGCCAUAGUGCAGGUAAUACAUUAACAGUAAGCAUAAUUUUUUUGAAGAGCGUGUAUUUCGAGAGGCACAAAUAUUACGUUUACGGCAAUAUAUGAUUUAUGUCAAUUAAACUCGUAGUUUUUGCAAAACAACAGUUGAAAGUUGCAACAAAGAGCAUUUUGAAAUUUUUACCAAAUUGUCAAAAGUUCUGGAACAAAAAUUUUGUUUAUAUCAUCAAAAAUUAUGUGAGCUCAAAGACAAUUUUGUCACCUACAUUUUUAGCCUAAAUGAGUCCAAAGCAAAUGAAAAGCGUUAAAGUUAUGACGCGUAAUGUCAACGUAUGAGAUUUUGCAAUUUUUGACAAUAUUUGAGGUCAAAAAUACGUUUUUACUCUUAAACAUCCAGUAAUAGUCGAUCAUCACGCCUUGAUCCCAAGAGCCCUCAUAACACUUUUCAGUUCUGCAGCAAUGUCUUGAUGAAAUCGAUUGCCUUAUUCAUCACCUUCAACACCUAAAUUCGAGGGGAAAAAUUGAAAUGACUGUGAAGUAGCUACGUUUUCAAAGACAUGCGAGCACCUGUGAACAUAAACGAAGUUAAAUAUUAGUUUCUUAGUAAUAUGAUUCCAGUAAUUUGAUAUAUUAUAGAGUGUGUAUAUUUUCCAAUAAUAACCAAUAGCAUUGAUGUUUUUUCGUCAUUGCAUAAAUCAACUAACGGUUUGUGCUCCUGUUGUUUCCUAAUAUUCCAUGAGCAACUUUUUGGUAAGCUCUCCAAGCUUUAGCUUCGGAGGAUUCUAAGCACUGUGUAGUGACGAAUAUACCCGUUUUGAUUUUCUCUGUUGACAAUUUUGGGAAGUUAAUUUUUAACUAUUUCAGAGCUGUAUUUUUUGGAUUUUUUGCCAAAUCUCUUGCAAAAUUUUUCAUUAUCCCAUAAGCCAGUGUGCGAAGGAGGGAAUCCAACUUUUUUUUCUCUCAUCUAGUGCUUUUUUGAUAACGUUGCUUUUUCAUUGGACGUGCUUUACACGGUUCGGCCAAUUACGUUGAGUAAAAUGUUUUUCAUCUGCUCUGCUGUUCCAAAAAGGCAAAAAACUAAUGUAUUUUUAUAGCAACGUUGCAGACCAGUCAGUAUAGCGACAACUUUUAAAUCUCAGCAUAUCUUUCAGUUAUAUGAACUGUAGUUAAUCAGUUGAAGUACCUCUUCCAUCGUCUCGUACGUUUCUUUGGCAUUAGGUGAGUAAUGGAGAUCGAUGGUUUCUUGUUGCCUUUGUGCAAUACUGCACCCUUAACAUCAUACUUGCUACCAUUAAUGAAUAGACGCCACUCGUUCGGUUCAUCAGUUUCUUCAAGUAAAACAAACAACUCAUUUACAUUGUUGCAGUAGCAAAAAUCUUCUGUUUUUAAGAAAUAUUGAUGAAAGUUUUUACUGCGAUUUCGGUAAUACGCUACAGUAAUACCACAUUCCAAAUAACCGCGUUCCUGUUAAUGUUAAGCGAGAAGUUCCGAUUUUUUUUAUAAGUUGAGAUCACGAUUUAAAUCGUUUAAUGCUAUUUGAUGUAUUAUUACCAAUUUUUUACUGUGUUUGGAAUAGGGUUGACAUUUAAAAUCGAAGAAGUGUUGAGAAUUGACAUUUCGGGUACUGGAAAGAAUGUGGUGCGGUCUCUUUCACUGAUGAUACCUCGGGAUACACAGCUAUACUGUAUUUUCCUCCUCGAAUUGUAGUGGGAAAAAAUAGCAUCAGUCACAAUGAUUAAGGCUUUGCUAAGCUCGUUCAACUGUACAAAAGAUAUAGCGCAGGCAAAGUUGGGAAUCCACGUUUCCUCUAAAUUUUUUGCUCGGAAAUCAAAACAUUGCUCUUAAGCUGCUAAGAUAUGUGUGGUGAGCUUUUUGCGGGCACUUUUAUAUGAAUAUAUACAAACUACAAAUAAAACAGAACUUAUCUGAUGCGUUCUUGCACAUUUCAGUGUACUUUCUUAUCAUAAAUAAACGCAAUAACACAGAUAUCAUAAAUAAAUGCAAUAACAAGGGUAACAGUUAAUAAUUAUUAUAGUAAUAUUUAGUAAAUUACAAACUACACAGACAAACCAAAAAACAUGGCCACACUCCACAGCGCAUCAUCGCUCCGACAAUUAGUACAGAUUUUCGUAUAAAAUGAAUAUUGGUUUUAAUAGUGACCCUUAGAAUAAUUAUUUAGUGUGACUCAAAACACAGGAUGUCAUUAUUCACUUUAGUUCGGGACUGCAUACAUCAGGAGUAUAUAGGGUAAUCGCGCGAGAGAUGAACCACCUUUUUAAUUUUUGCUGUGAAAAAUCUAAAAAUAGUUUAAUAUUAUUUGAGGAAAAACAUUUAUUACUGAAAAACUGUAAUUAAAACAAAUGGUAUCUUCAUUGAAAAGCUCUAAAACAUCAACUGGUUUUUUACUUAAAAAAUCCAUUAUAAAACCCUAAAAUAGUCCAACUCUCCCUGAAUGUGUGAGUUAGUUGAACCGCAUACUUGGUGUAGUUAAAGUAUAAAUAGUUAUAAGUAAUCCUAUAAAAACUAAAGUAUUAUUAAUGGAACAAAUUAUUGCAUCUUAAACUAACAAGGACCUUUCUUGCCACAUCUGUCGCACAUAUUUUCAUAUUUUUAGCAGGAUUCGUGGAGCCAGCGAGUGCAUACAAUACGUUGUAUCCAAUUGUCAGUCUUGGUUUUUUUAUUAUAAUUUUCUUUACAGCCAGCAUAAUCUUUCUCUUGAAUUGUAUUGGUGCUUUGUAUUUUCCUUUUAGCAAUCUGUUCUGGAAACGUUAAAAUUAGUGCAAUUAUCCGGCUUCACUUUUUAACAGAGGCCACGUCUUCUGCACGUUUAGUAACUGGACUUAUCAUAUCCAGCAUCUUACCAGGAAUUAGGUCACUAAGAUUUUCGUUCGCCUAGUUGUUUUGCACGGGGUUGGCCAUAUUUUUUUUCCUUUUAUUACAGGAGAACGAUGUGAAAUAAAACUAUUUGACUUCGGUUCCCAAUGAGAACAUCCUGGUUUUCCAGGAGUUGCAGUUGUCCCCAUUCGAAACCAAAAAAAUAAAUGUUUUAACCUCAUUCCAUAAAUUAAGGAGAAUAUUCUCACCAAAUUUUGACUGGUAUUUGCAGAUUGCUAUAUUUGAAGGUUGUUAAAACUAUUGUCGGACCGAACAGCAUAUUCUGGUAUUGCCUUUGGUCAAAAAACAGAAUAAUUCUGGUACCUCCAAAACUAGUUAUAGUGUUACUUGCCCAGGACUCUGUCAGAAGUUGACCAAAUUGAAGCCUUCCUCUUUUCUUGAUGAAUUGGUUUGCCCGAAAGUAUUAUACGCUGAAUAAUAAAUGUGCUCUUAGCGUUUUAUAUACCGCUUUAUAAAGGGGCUGAAGUGGUGUGCGCUGGAAUUUUCAUCAGCAAAUUCAAGCAUUUCGCAAAGGUUGCAGUGAGAUCUAUGGCCAUCACGGAUUAGAAAAGCCUUUUUUACUGGUUUUCGAGGCAUAAAAUAUUACAAUAAACUUACCAUUAUAAUAAGCAACAACACUAAUUGUUUCGCCUUUUUCUCCCGAUGUACUGGAGGUUACUGCUUUUGAAUCUUUGCAGCAAUCACUUGUCCUUGUAAAAUAGUUGUCAACAAUUUCUCGACAUACCGCUGUCAAGCGAUUUACUGAUACACUUCUGCAAUUCUUAUGCUUAGAUCUCCAUGGCGGUUAAGAAAAACAUGCAACAAACCUAUCCUGCUAUUUCAGUGGUCUCAUUAAAAUGAUGUUUCAGCUUUAAUUGUUCUGCAAGUGGAAGCGCCAUAUGUCGCACAUCUGCUCGUGUAGGGCAAAAGCAAAUUUUUGAGUUUUUAAAUAUGCGCUACCAGCCUGCUCUCAUUUUCUUCCCCUAAGUUGACCAGAUUUCUUCUCAGCAAAGCCUUUGGUAUAAUAAAAUCCUUCGCUGCUGAAUUGACACCCAUUGUCCUAGUCGCUAUGGCCUCAAUAGCAUUUCUGAGAUCCUCUUCCGACCAAGUCGCUCUUUCUGAACGCAACUAUCUCUGAUAUUUCGUGGGCAUUCUAAAAAAAAAACAAUAUAUUAUAGCUGGUCCAACUAUGCCAAUGCCAUCUAGUUCAUCUGUGCCAUUAUUAAAGAUUAGAUAGACCACUACGUAGUUCAUAAUAAAAUCAAAAAUAUACAUUUGCGAUGUUUAUAAAUUAAAAUAUAGACACUAGCGUGACAAAAUUUUACUACAAAACGGCAUUUUUUACUUACGUUUAGUCAGAAGCACAAUUUUAAAAUCAUAUUAGAAAGUUUUCCUCCACGUGCACAAGUCAGGUUAAUUUCUGUUUAAAAACUGCACUUAUACACAUCGGAACUACUGAACAUCGACUGAUCGAUGGUUCAUCUCUUCCGUAAUUACCCUAUGCGGGACAAUCACGAACUUAAUAUAUAUACCUGGACUGCUAAUGCAUAUGACCACGAUACCCAAAAAUGACCACUGCCUGGGGGCCGCCAUUUUUAUAGUGGUUGUGUUCUUUUGAUGUUGGUCACUCUUAACAUUUUUAGUGUUGCCAACAAAAAAUAUAUUGAAUAACGGAAUUGAUUUAAAAUGAUGAAAAAUAUAUUGAAUCAGCUAUAUUUUGAUUUUUAUAGAUGGUUGUACCUAUUAAUGUGGAAACACGCUGUACAUGGAAGGAAAGUAAAACUCGAAGUAGUAAAAAUAGAAUGAAAAUAAAAAGUGCUUUUAACUGAAUUUGUUAAUACAAGUAAAUACAAGCAAAAAUGUAAACGAAGAUCAUUAUUUUCAGGGUAUUUGGAUUUAUAAGAUUCAAGAUUAUCAGAAUAAUAAAACAAAUAUUUUAAAGUGCAUGCAUCUUAUUCCAAGUUGAUUGAAAUUUUGUCUCAUUUUAGGUGAGGAUUACUUGUUUUCAUAAAUUUUAACGAAAUUCUUAAGAAAGUACAAGAAAAAUCACAGAUCUAACGCAACUAUCUUAAAUUCCUACCUAUAUGUAACUCUCUAUUUUGUAUCUCUCUAUUUUGUAUUUUUGUAAACUUAACCUCUCAAAAACUUUAAUUGUUUUAUUUCCCUAUAACUGGCAUAACUAAAAUUUGUCAGAGUGACCAACAUCGAAAGGACACAAUCACGCAAAAUGAUGGCCCCCCAAGUAGUAGUCAUUUACUUUUCAUUGAAUUGGCAGUCCAGCUAUAUUUAUUAAGUUCGUGAGGACAAUUAGAUUGCCUUCAUUUACGUAACACGUCAUAACUUUUACAGAUUUUCUUGGAUUUGAACGAACUUAGGCUCAAAAUGAAGGUGACAAAAAAAUCUCAAAAACUACGACUUCAAUUUACACAAAUCGUAUAUUGCCCCGAAGGUUAUAGCCUUAGCCUUUCAAAAAUUCACGCACUUCAAAAAAAAAAGGCAAUUUCGAAAUCGGUUCUGUGAAAAAAAAAUAGUCAUUUUCGGUUUCAGCGCCCUGAGAUUAGUCUGAAAAACCCCUUUUUGUCGAAGUACAAUGUUAAAAGUAAAUAUUUGUAAACCAGCGUUAUCGUUCACGAAAACUAUAUCGUUAUUCCAUUAAAUACUCUACUGCAAAAAGAGAUACCCUACUGCAUUGGAGGAUUUACGUUUUAUUCUGGAAAGCAAUAAAACAAAAUUCUUUAUUGUGGAUUAGUGGGAUUCUGUGACAUGAACUAUUUCAAACUGUUUGGCAUAUUUAAAACUGUAUAGAAAUAGUAUUUUACAUAACAGAAUUCUUGUAAAAAAAAACGAGAAAGGACCGAUCAAUGAGACAUGAAUGAAGGUCUCUCGUUCUUUUCCUAGUACAAAAUAUGAAUCGCCAAAAGUGAAACUGUCUUUUUUGUGCAUCACAGUUUUAGUACGUUCUAUUUAAAAUGAUAUUAGCUCUAAAAUUUUAAUAAAAGCACUUUCUGACAAUAGGCUACCCUUUUGUAUAUCAUGUUUUUAUUAGAGGCUUGUACUUAAUAGUUUAAGUUAUUCCCGCUUAAAAUAACGUUGCAAUAUUUAAGUAUUUAAGGCGUACUUAACUUAACUGUUUUAAAAAAAUUAGGUUCAUGCUUUAUUCAUCCUUUAAACAUACGCCUCUGGUUUUUGUCUUACAUAAAAACCAUCAUUUAUAAAAAUAGAUCUUAAAAUAGGUUGUUGUUAAUUAUUAUAUAAGGUUUAGCAUUUAGAAUGUUAUAUAUUGCCAGUAUAUAGGCUGCCCCAAGGUUAAAGGGUACAGCCUGUAGGCCAUAAGAAAGCAUUUUCUUAAAAAAAAAAACAAAUUAACCAGUGAUGAACUUUUUAACACGGGUCUGUUUUGUGGUUUUUAUUAAUAUUUUAAAAUAACGUUUAAUUUUGUAAAUAGUUAUGUUAGUUAGUAGUUUCUGAAACUGUUAGAUUUCUUGUUUAUAUUGCACAGUUUUACCCCGGAGGUACGAUCUACUUAAAAAAAAUGAUCUGAUGUUUUUCUGUCUUUUUUAUAUUAUGUAUUUAUAUUUCUUAUGUAUAGAUAUUCCCUGGUACCUUUAAAUAAGAGGUACUGGUUUUUACCUACCUCAACAAUAUGAAAUAUGUUAAGCCAGAUUUAUUCAUAUACACAGGCAAAGUAAUGUUAUUUUUUAAAACAGAUACUCCCAUAGUAAUUAGCAGUGAUUUAAACUCAGGAAACCUAUAUAAUAUUAGUGCCAUAUUUUUACACAUCACCUUUUUUUUGUGGAUUCAAAAAAAAACAUAAUAAGUAAUAAGAAAAGCAAAUAAGUAGAAUAUGCUGUGUUCCUAAAGAUAUAUUAACGGUUCUCCAACAAUACCAAAAUCUAUGAUACUCAUGUAUAUAUUUUUUUGUAUAUAAAACAAAAAGUAGCUCGUUUUAUAAUAAUUGUUGGGGAAUCGGGUGCCUUUUUUAAACUAAAUAACUGUAAAUCGGUUAAUGGCCGAUAAGUUCCUAAAAUUCAUGUCCCUUUGCACGGCAAUUCGUAAAGAAACUAACGCGUAAAAAGUUGCAAACUUAGAGGUAAAAAGAGUGUGACGCCUGAAGAAAUUAGUAUCGUGAGUAGAAAAAUUAUACUUUAAGCAAGAAUCAAGUUUUAAUUAAAAAGUUUUUUUUUUGUAUGUUCAUUAAGUAUGCGUCCUCUAAACGUUGUAUUAACAAUAUUAUUUGCAUUUCUUUAAAGUUUAUUUGAUUUUUUGAGAUAGAGGUAGGUGCAAUAACUUGUUAAAUAUGAGUUAGAAGUUAAUAUUUUUUGCAUAUUUGCCAUAUUAUUAUGUUAAUAAUACGUUUGUGUAUCGUUUAUAUACUUGAAUAAAAUAUAUUAAAAAUUUAA